AUGGUCGGGGUUGACCCCCUCCCCGGGACCUUAAGAAACCGCGGAAACCGAGCCCAGAGCCUGCGACCCAUCCCCACGUUCCCCCAAACGCCCCGAGCCUCGGAACGAGACUCGGCCCGCUUUCCCGCAGCACACGGCAGCCAGCUUUUGUUUAUGUUGGCCUCGCGCACGCGCGCCGGCGAGCGUCAGGAGGGCGGGGCCGCGCGGGCGGGGGAAGCGCGUCCCCGCUCGCGGCACCCGGGAGACCCCCCCCGAUGUCCAGGUUCGCGAGCACAGACCCGCCUCCCGAGCCCUCCCGCAUUUGUUGGUGGCAUCCCGGGGAAACAAAAGUUGUCGCUCGCGCGCGCGGUUGGUACGCUGUGGUGGCAACCGGGAAAUGUAACGUCCGCGGGCCCCGCAUCUCAAACACUGCCGGGCACUUUGGAAAACAAAACAAAAACACUUCUUGAAAGCGACUUUUGCUUCUUUUUCAGGUACCCUCAAAAAGUUAUGGAUAAAAUUCUUAGUAUGGCUGAAGGCAUCAAAGUGACAGAUGCUCCAAUCCAUACCACACGAGACGAACUGGUUGCCAAGGUGAAGAAAAGAGGGAUAUCGAGUAGCAAUGAAGGGAUAGAAGAGCCAUCCAAAAAACGAGGCGUAGAAGGAAAAAACAAUUCUUCGGUUGAGCGAGAUCAUGGAAAGAAAUCUGCCAAAACAGAUCGUUCAUCGGCUCAGCAGGAGAACAGUUCGGCAUCCACAGGGUCGUCUACCAAAUCAGAGAGUAGUGGGGCCUCAGCUCGGAGCAGCUCUGGUGUCUCCGAUCAGAACAGCUCCACCAGUGAAGGAGAUCAAUCUGUCUGCAGCCAGAGCAGCAGCAGUUCCCCUCAGGUAACAACAGCAGGGGCUGGAAAAGCUUCUGACCCAGAAGCUCCAGAUAAACAUGGGUCAGCAUCACUUGUUUCUUCAUUGUUGAAGUCCAGUAUGAAUAGUCACGUGACCCAGUCCACUGACUCCAGGCAGCAGAGUGGAUCACCUAAAAAGAGUGCUUUGGAAGGUUCUUCAGUCUCAGCUUCUCAGAGCAGCUCAGAGAUUGAGGUGCCCUUGUUGGGUUCCUCUGGAAGUUCAGAAGUAGAGUUGCCAUUACUGUCCUCUAAGUCUAGUUCAGAGACGGCUUCAAGUGGGUUAACAUCCAAAACUAGCUCAGAGGCAACUGUUUCGUCCUCAGCUUCUAAAAACAGUUCCUCAUCAGGCACCACUUCACUGGCUCCCCCCAAGAGCGGUUCCACAAAUUCAUCCCUGCUGACUUCCAAAAGCACUUCUCAGGUAGCUGCAUCACUGUUAGCUUCCAAAAGCAGCUCCCAGAGCAGUGGAUCCAUGGCUUCCAAGAGCACUUCCUUAGCAAGCGUGUCUCAGCUAGCUUCUAAGAGUAGUUCUCAGAGUAGCACUUCCCAGCUGCCUUCUAGAAGUACCUCCCAGUCCAGUGAGAGUGCUGUCAAGUUCUGUCGAAAGCUGACCACUGAGGAUGUAAAGCAGAAGCAGCCUUUCUUCAACAGACUGUACAAAACGGUGGCGUGGAAGUUAGUGGCUGUUGGUGGCUUUAGCCCCACUGUCAAUCAUGGAGAGCUGCUAACUGCAGCCAUUGAGGCUCUGAAAGCAACCCUGGAUGUGUUUUUCGUCCCAUUAAAAGAACUGGCAGAUCUGCCUCAAAAUAAGAGCUCUCAAGAAAGUAUUGUUUGUGAAUUGAGGUGUAAGUCAGUGUAUUUGGGCACUGGCUGUGGAAAAAGCAAAGAAAAUGCAAAGGCGGUUGCUUCCAGAGAAGCACUGAAGUUAUUUCUCAAGAAGAAGGUGGUGGUAAAGAUAUGUAAAAGGAAGUACAGGGGCACUGAGGUGGAAGAUCUAGUGCUUCUUGAUGAAGAAUCGAGACCUGUAAACUUACCUCCAGCAUUGAAACAUCCUCAAGAGUUACUGUAAUUUCUCCGAGUUAUCACUGCAUCCAGUAUCUGGUGUUUGAAGAGAAGAACUGGCUUUUAUAUAAUACAAGACACUGGCUUUCACAGAUUUUGUAUUGCUUUUUUCCAGUUUUGCAGAAAAUUUAAAUUCUAGUUCUCUUCACCGAAGUAGAAGUUGUAAAUAAUUUAUGAGUGACAGUACCUAUUAAAAGGCAUACAUUGACAGCA